GCCAAACUUCAGUACAAAGUACAAAGCUGCACUCGUGAGUUGUUGAAACAACAGAAGGAACCGUGGUAGUCAACGCUUCAGCAUGCACUUCUUCAGCAGACUCAGUUUUUUUCUGUUAUGCAGCGCUUUAGCUGCAGCGCAGCAAUUAAACUGGAAAUAUCCGUCUGGAGCCGACAAUUUUAGAGACUGGAGAUCCAAACAGGACCGGCCUAAAGUCCAGGAACCUGCAGCUGUCCCCCAGGAGAAGCAGUUUGUCCGGGAACCCUUGUCUUGGAGGUUCCCAACGCCGCCACCUGAGGAGGAACCUCAGUUUCCUACAGACUUUGAGCUGAAGACUCCGUCGGCGGCCGACAGCGUCAGCGCCAUCUGCGGGGAGAACUCUGUCCGGGUGGAAGCCAAGAAAGACCUGCUGGGGAUCGGCAUACCGGUCCAGACUGCCGACGUGUCUCUGGGAGGAUGUCCAGCCACUGGGGAAGACAAUCGAGUCAUAAUCUUCGAGUCUGAGCUGCACGGAUGUGGCAGCGAGCUGCUGAUGUCUGAGGACUCGUUUACCUACGCCUUCACUCUGUUGUACACUCCCAGUCCUCUGGGGGGAAGUAAAAUCAUCCGAACAAGAGACUUCCAAGUCAGCAUUGAGUGUCAAUAUCCCAGGAAGCAUGAUGUGAGCAGCGGUCUAGUGGAUCCCACCUGGAAUCCCUUCAGUUUCAACUUGGCUACAGAGGAAAGUCUCUAUUUCUCCCUCACGCUCAUGACUGAUGACUGGAAGUCACCUCGUCCAUCUGAGGACUUCAUGCUGGGAGACGUGCUGAAGUUUGAAGUUGUAGUCAAACAGUUUCAUCACAGCCCUCUCAAAGUGACGGUGGACUACUGCGUGGCCACAGUGUCUCAAUCCAUCGACACCGUCCCUCGCUACGCCUUCCUGGGAAACAGUGGGUGCAUGUUUGACAGUCAGCUGACGGGUUCCACCUCUCGUUUCCUGCCCCGGUCCCAGGACGACAAACUGCAGUUUCAAAUGGAGGCGUUCAGGUUCCAACAGGACGAAAGCGGCAUUAUCUACAUCACCUGCGGGGUGAAAGCCACACUGGCUACUGCAGCUGUUGAUGCAACCAACAAGGCCUGUUCAUUCUCCAAUGGGUGGACAGAGGCCAGUGGCGUGAAUCGAGCCUGUUCCUGCUGUGAUGCAAAUUGUGGGGCAGAAAGCCAGAGUCUCCAGACUGGAACAGGUGCUCAGUGGCAAAUGGAAAGAGCGAUUGGCCCAAUCUCCAUAAAGGAGAAACCUCUGUGGUGAAAUCGUCAUUAAAAACAACUAUGAGAUUAAAAAUCUUAAACCUUAA